CUGUAUAUCCGUAUACAGUAACCCUUAUCUGGCUCAGCACGUGAUCACUUCCGAGCACAUAGUCAGACUGCGUCACAUGCUCAGAGCAAGCUUCAGAUAAGAGGCUCGAGUAAGAAAAUUGAAACGCAUACAUCAUCAUUCAGUUCAUGCACUAAUUGCGCUGAGUGAAUUCAUAUAAUUUUGAUCUUGUGUCCAGUGCAAUAAUUUGUAAUAAAGGGGAGAAACAUAAUGAACGAAGAGAAGCCACCACCAUAUUUCAGCGGACCUUAUGGAGCGACCGGAACUAAUGGGUUGCCUCCAGGUCAUCUAAGGCAAUUCCGCCAUUUUCAUCAACAGCCGCUGUCACAGCCGCCGCCGUCACAGCCGCCAAAGUGGCGGCCACUUUUUUUCCAGCUCAAAAGUGGCGGCUGUGACGGCGGCUGUCGAUGA